AUGGCCAUGGAGCCCCUGACAUCCGCAGUAAAGCUGCUCCUAGAUACGCAAUUGGACCGAGCUGUGGACUUCACCGCCCUCUCCAUGCUGCCCAAUGUUGCUGACGGGGGCAGCACGGCGGACGUUUCCAGUAGACGCUUGCCUCAGGUACCAGUCGCUGGGUCUAAGGGCUGGCUGCCGAGCAUGGUUGAAGUCGGCCGGCAAGAGGCACGUCUUCGAGACACAGCGGACGAGAGUACGGGCGGUGACUUGGGCGGUGGUAGUACUUCCUCCGACGUUUUUUUCGCCGUAGACCUCGAGUGCGUGCUGCACAAGUACCGGAGAUGGCACGACUGCUUUCCUCGGGUCAAACCUUUCUACGCGGUGAAGUGCAACCCUAACUCCGAGGUGGUGCGCGUGCUUGCGGCCACCCCCGGGUGCGGGUUUGACUGCGCUAGUCCCGCCGAGAUGGACCAGGUGCUCGAGUGCGGCGUGGACCCGUCUCGCAUCAUCUACGCCAACCCUUGCAAGGACUUAGCCGCGCUGGAGCACGCGUUAUCUGCUGGUGUCGCGACGAUGACGUUCGAUAGCAAGGACGAGCUGUACAAGAUUAGACGGCUACUCGACACUCGGGCAAAGGUGUCCGACGGCGGCUUGGGUGAAUCUAGCGUCGUGCAACUGGUGUUGAGGCUGCGGGUCCCGGACAGCCACUCCGACUGCCCUCUCGGAGAGAAGUACGGGGCACCGGAGGAGGCUUGCAGCGAGCUGAUUUCGCUGGCCGUCGAGCUCCGCCUUCCUCUUGUCGGGAUCAGCUUCCACUGCGGCAGCGGCUGCCAGAACGCGCAAGCAUACCCCGAAGCCCUGGCCGUGGCGAAGUCGGUGUUCGACCUUGCCGCGCAGAAGGGAGUAAUGCUCACGCUGCUGGACAUCGGAGGCGGGUUUCCCGGGUGGGACGGGUCGGAGUACGUCUAUCGACGGCCGUCGCCCGACGACGGGACGGCGGCGGCGGCGGCGGCGACGAGAGAGAGCAGUCCGCCUUCCGCCACGGAUGCGGCGGCGACUCCGGGAGGAGGGGACGAGCCGGACGGGGGUAGCGGCGGCACUGCUUCGGCCUGCACCGUCUCGGGCGAUGGUGGCGGCGUCAAGGGUGGAGGCGAAGACGUUUCCGAUGGAUGUUCGUUGCCGUGCCCGCCGCGUCCGCCGCCGCCGCCGCCGCCUCUUUCAUUGGCCGAGAUCGCUCGAGUUACUCUACCGGUCCUGGAUGAGCUGUUCCCUCCCGGGAGCGGUGUGCAGGUGAUAGCAGAGCCGGGAAGGUACUUUGUGGAGGCGAGCCACCUCCUGUUGGCACGUAUCUACGCCAAGAGGUCUCUCGCCCUGCAAGUCGGUGCUGACGCCAGCAGCAACGCCGGUGGGGACAACACAACCACCACCACCACCACGGACGAUGGGAGGCGGCGAAAGACGACAGCCUACUACAUCGCCGAGGGAGUGAACGGCUGCUUCAAGGAUAGGGUUCUGUGCGGGGUCAACUUCGAGCCCUGCCCGGUGUCGUCGCCGCCGGCCGGACACCGCGCGCCGCCGGGGGGGGCACCACAGCACGGAGACGACAGGGCGGGGCAAAGCGCAGCACCAGCACCAGCACUGGCACCAGCACCAUCACCGGCAGAGGGACAAGAAGGAGGCGGAGAGGGAGAGGGAGCGGGGGACGCAGACGAAGAGCACGCCGUCGUGAUGGGGCCGUCCGGCCUCCCGACGGACGUGGUGGCCCGAAAACGCCUCCCUUCGUCUCUCGGGCCGGGGGACUGGCUGUACUUCUCGCAGAUGGGAGCGUACACGGCGUCCAUCGCCACGGUUGCCUCGUCCGCGGUGCUGGAGGCGUCCAUCUGCUACGUCGCGAGCACCCCGGCUGCGGCGGCGGACGUGUGA